AUGGAGGAAGAGGAACCUUCUGCAGCCAAACCAGAAGACAGCUCAAUGGCAGAAGACAGAGACGGCCAUGUUGUCCAGGUUGGGACUGUCCAUGAGUUUCUGACUGGGGAAGGCCCUCCACGAGUUAAGCAGGAGCCCGAGGAGGGGCUGCAGCAACGCUGGGAGAGCCAAUGGCAGGAUUUCCUAAAGACGGUAGAGUCACCCCCACAAGAGAGGAGCAGCUCCCAGCAGCCUGAUCCAUGGCCAGAGGAUGACACAAUGGAAUGUCAGGUCUCCUUGAAGAGAGUUGCUGACGUCACACAGGGGCCAGGAGGAGAGGGUACGGCUCAAACCCAUCUGGAUGUGUGUGGAGAGGCCCAUGAAGACCUGGACUCUUGUGUGAAAGUGAAGGAAGAAAUACUGGAGGAGGAAGCUGACGUGGAGGACCAACCCCAGCACUUCCAUCAGUUUUGUUACCAGGAUGCUGAUGGGCUGCAAGAGGCGCCAGGGCCCCUUGAUGUUGUGACUGUAAAAUCCCCGAAAUCGGAGGAAGAUCCAUUGGACAUUGUAAAGUUGCAGCUGGAGGUCAAGCAAGAAUAUGACUGGGAGGCAAGCUCAGCGGAAUAUGAUGGUCAGACUGGCACUUGGGAAGAGCGUAGAGCAAGGCUUCCUGUAUGGGGAAGGGGCCAAAACUUUAAUGAAACGACCUUCCCAUUUAGGAAAAAGACGAGUUCCAACAGUGAACAGCAAUGUCACCUGGACAUUUAUCUGCCUGAGGGUCAGCAAAUACGAGCAAAAGAUAAACUGCAUAAAUACACGCACUGUGGAAAAAUCUCUAAUAGCAGCAAAGCAUCCCUGCUUCCCCACGAGAGGACCCCCACCGGAGGGAAAGCAUACAUCUGCUCCGAAUGCGGGAAAAGCUUCAGCUGGAGAACAAACCUUGUUAAACACAAGAGAAUCCACACAGGGGAGAAGCCGUACAUAUGCCCGAGUUGUGGCAAAAGCUUCAAUGCAAAAUCCACCCUGAUCAAACACGAGCGUUCACACACAGGGGAGAAGCCGUACGAGUGUACAGAGUGCGGAAAAGCCUUUGGCGAAAAGGGGAUACUUGUUAAGCACCUGAGAAUCCACACGGGAGAAAAGCCCCACAAAUGUUCAGACUGCGGCAAGAGCUUUAUCGAGAGGGGCGCCCUCAUUAAACACGAGAGGACCCACACGGGAGAGAAGCCCUACGAAUGUCCCGACUGCGGGAAAACCUUUAGGAUCAGCUGCCACCUUAAACUCCACAAGAGGACGCACACCGGCGAGAAGCCGCACAAGUGCUCCGAUUGCGGCAAAGGCUUCAGUGAGAGAGCCUCUCUGGUGAAACACGAGAGGACCCACACGGGAGAGAAGCCGUACGAGUGCUCUGAGUGCGGGAAAAGCUUCCGGAUCAGCUUCCAGCUCGUGAUUCACAAAAGGACCCACACGGGCGAGAAACCACAUGAGUGCUCCGACUGCGGCAACAGCUUCAGGGAGAUCGCCUCCCUUAUCAAACACAAGAGAACACACACGGGAGAGAAGCCUUACGAGUGCACCGAGUGUGGGAAGAGCUUCAGGACCAGCUUCCAGCUGAAGACCCAUAGAAGGACGCACACCGGAGAGAAGCCGUAUCACUGCCUGGACUGCGGGCAAAGCUUCAGCCAGAGAUCACGCCUCGUCAUACACGAGAGGACCCACACCGGGGAGAGACCAUACGGCUGCUCCGAGUGCGGGAAAAGCUUCGUCUCCAGCUCUCACCUCCGGAAACAUGCCAUCGUGCACACGGGAGAGAAGCCCCACCGAUGCUCGUACUGUGAAAAAAGCUUCAGUAAGAAAUCCAACCUUGUUGUGCACGAGAGGAUCCACACGGGAGAAAAGCCGUAUGAGUGCUUGGUGUGCGAGAAAAGGUUUUGUAGCUCCUCUGUUUUUCAUAGGACACAUGAAAAUCCACCCGGGAGAGGCAUCCUAGGGAUAUUCACGUCCUAAGGAAGAGUUUGGCAUAAGGCCCAGAGAACUGAGGGGAACAUAAUGUAAUGUCACUGGAAUGGGGUGAUAAUGGAAAGGGAAACGUGUUUCAGGAACUGUCUAAAUAGCCACCCAUGGAUUUGUUGUUGUUGUUCUCUGUCUGUCCUUGGAACAGUGGCCAUAGCUCAGUGGUAGAGUAUGUCUUGCAUGCAGAGGAACCAAGGUUCAUUCUCUGGUAUUUCCAGGUAGUUCUGGAAAUCUGUCUGAAUCCCUGGAAAGCUGCUGCCAGUCAGUGUGGACAAUACUAAGUUAGAUGGGCCAAUGGUGAGUGAUUAGUGCAAUAAUACAGCUUCCUAUGUACAUGAUGCAUUCUCUCCCCCUCCCCUGCUAUGGAAUAAAUGUAUGUUUUGAGGAUGGCACGUGAACAGCCAACAUCGCCUUACACAGAG